AUCGGAGUGGUGCGGCGCAACAGAUAUCCGUUGUUGCAUUAAAGAAUGUUGCCAGAUCAUUUAUUUUUACCCCAUAAAAAGGAGCGUUUCCUUUACUCAGAGCAAAAUCAAUCUGAACUACUUAAUAAUAGCUGAUUAGUUAAACAACAAAAUCUAGAAUUUAUAUAAGUACAUAUUACUUCAAAUAAGCGUGAAAACCCAAGUUUAAAAUCAACUCACAUGAAAUCUUCAUUCAGAACGAUUCCGUUCACUUAUCUACUGGUUUAUUUGGUAAGUAAAAAGCUCACAGAUGUCAGUCAAAUAAAACACCCGUUAUAGCCCGACCUUAAAAAGUGGUCGUAAUUUUUUUAAGCGCGCACUGGUAAUUCGUAGCUCGACUGGCAUCACCCUCGUAGCAGUCUCUCGUAGGGUCGGCUACGAUGUAGACGGCCGUUGCGACCAAAGAGCGCUACGGUUCGGACUUUUCUUUGCGGUUUCCGCGAGUGUUGGCGGUUUCGAUUUGACACACAUUUUCGAGUGCGAUAAAAGUGCAGUGCUUUUCGAACUUCGUUUAAGUGAAAUGUGUAGAUAUAUAAUCGUUAUUAAAGUUAUUGUUGAUUAUAGAUAGCGUUUAACGUUAUUCCUCUAAAACUGUUUCUAUUAGCAGUUCAAAGGUAAAACCUUUAUACAAACAAUAAAACAGAAAUUACUCAAUUUUGAACAAUGUUUGUAUUAAUAUCUACUUUCAAAUACAAAUGGUGGUUCUUUGUGGUUUAAAAUGCGUGAACAGUGAAUAACUUUUUCAUUAUUUGUAAUACUAUAAAAGUGAUCAGAUGUAAAUAAAAUGUUGAACGGCACCACUGAGCGCGGGGCGCUAUCCCUGCAGUCGUCGCCGGUGAAGAUAUCGACCUCGCCGGUGCGCGCAUCGCCCAGUCCAGUGAGGGCGCCACCAUCGCCACUGAAGUCUUCGCUGUCGAGCGGUAGGCAACGCUCGCCGAGGAAAUGCCAGUUCGCAGCGGCGCCGGCGGAGGAUGCAAGGGACAAGUGUGGCGCGUCGUGGUUGUGCAGGCGAGGUGCGGGGGUUGGAGAGGAAUCGGACCCGGAGCGUUCACCGGGGCCUAGUGCUCCCCUGCCUCAGGUGUGCGAGGAGUCCGCCCCACCACCCAAGAACUGCUUCAGGCUGGUAAUGUUAGGGUCAGCGCGAGUCGGCAAAACGUCACUCGUGGCUCGAUUCCUGGGCACCAAGUUUGAGGACAGCUACACGCCCACCAUUGAGGACUUCCACCGGAAGCUGUACCGCAUCAGGGGCGAAGUGUACCAGCUCGACCUGCUCGACACCUCGGGCAACCACCCCUUCCCCGCCAUGAGGAGGCUGUCGUUCCUCACAGGUGACCUGUUCGUGCUGGUGUUCGCAAUGGACAGCCGGGAGUCGUUCGAGGAGGUGAUCCGCCUCCGGGAGCAGAUCCUGGAGACGAAGGCGAGCGCCACCAGCGGCACCAGCCGCGGCCGCCGGCAGGCGCCCAGGGUCCCCAUGGCGAUCGCCGGCAACAAAUGCGAUAGGGAACUUAAGACUGUCCAACCUGAAGAAGCUCAAGCGUACUGCACUACCCAAGAUUCAGCGUGCGUGUUCGUAGAGACAUCAGCCAAGAAGAACUUCCACGUGGAUGACUUAUUCUAUGAGUUAUUCGUCGUCGCCAAUCUACCCUUAGAGAUGGCUCCGAACCACCACAAGCGCGUGAGCACCGCCUUCGGUAGCCCUUGCACCCUCCCUCCUACCAGUAGUCAAAGCAAUAGAAGUAAGAAAUGCACACUCUCCAUCAAGAGAAGACUGUCGGACGCGUGCGGGGUCGUCGCCCCCAACGUCCGUCGGCCCAGCAUCAGAACAGAUCUGAUGAUCAUGAGAACCAAGACUUGUGCCAAAGGAGACAGUGAUAGCGCCAGCGGCAGCCCAAAGCUCAACCUAAACAGACUUGUCCGCACCAGCGCACAGAACGAUAAACGUUCGUGUACUAUUCAGUGAUAUACAAAGUAAUCUAUAUUUUAAAAUAGGAAAUAUGAGUAAAAGUAGCAAUAUCGAAUCGGCAGAGUAAGUUGUAUGUAAUGUUGUUUUAAGACAGGUGCUAUAUAAUGAAUCAGCAAAAUCAAGAUUGAUCGGGCCCGUUUUAAAUUUAAUGAGACGAUGGAAUUUCUACCAUUCGUGAUAAACGAGUACCUAUCUACUAGAGGGAGUCAAUCAAAUGAAUUGCUACUAUUUACAUAAUUCCUCCGUUUUGCAUUGUAAUGAAAGGGGGGGGGAGGCAAACAAAUUUAAUUUCAUGAACUGGAUUUGAAGGAAAACGACGCUAGAUCAUCGACAGAAAAAAAUAUGAUCGGACGAUUCUUAAUAUUAAUGAUUAAUAACUCUCCAUCUCCGAGAUUUAUUACAUAUUUUAUUUAUUCUCUGAACUUUGGAUCUAGUCUUUGUCACCUUUUAACAGCAAUUUAUUUUAUUGCAUACCUUUGUAUUAUUGACCUUUUGUAUCCACUCGAACAAUAGUUCAAUAACUAUUUUAAUUUUUAUAUGAUUUUUUUGAAGAAUUUGUUCGCUUCUUCCAGGUUCUUUUGGAUGAUCACCUGGCUUACGCCUUGCCCAAGACACUUAAGAAAUAAAAUAGUCCUUUGGGAUAAAACAACUAUGGGUAUUCAAUUGUCACAAAACCAAAGUGUUUUCAUGGAAAACAAACUACAUUUCUUUCUAUCAAUCUCAUACAAAAACCGAAUCACUACAAAGAGCAUAUACUUACUUAACAAUCAAAAAAGUUUUAUUCUGCUCUACGUGGACCCAUGACCAAUUUAUUACAAAGCGCUUCUUUUUUCAGCAAAUAGUUGGUACUCGACAAAAUUCAUUUAAUUCAGCAAAUUUUAAUCGUGGCAAUUUAAAAUCUGUAUCAUUCAUAGCUUCUAAAAUUUCUUUACUCUAUUGUAAUACUGGUGCUUGGAUAAAUACUAUCGUGGUGAUAAUAUCAAAUAUAUUUAUUAAAUCAAAAAAUAUUUGAUACAUUGUUUAUCUUGGUUGUCUUCGAUCAACUACAUUAGUUGAAAAUUGUUGUAAUGAAGUUGGCCUCUCACUAUCAGAUGUAAUAAACAAGGAAUAUAAAUCUAAAGAAAAUUUUACUGGAAAAACUCAUUGCGCGCGGCCCUGGUGUGAGACUGGAUCUUUCUUGUGAUUUUUUUUUAUAUUAAUAAAUCAAGCUUUAUACUUAUUCUUUUUAUAAACUCCAAACAAAUUAUGUUACCGCCGGGUGUAUAAAUUCCUUGAAUAUAAUAUAAUUAUAUUCGGGGUGCUCGCUUAUUACGGCGAUUAAGGCUACAUAAAUCUUCAAUACCAA